AUGCUUCUCCAGGAAUCAAGUACAGGGAAAGAAUUGUCAAAUGUAUUCCUACAAAAACUGUUAACAGCUAAUUACAGUGCCAGAUACACAUCAGUCAGAGAAGAAACCCCUCUGUUUGACAGCUCGAACCUCCUCCAAAAAAGCAAUGAAAAGAAUGAUGUCUGUGAUGUAUAUACGGCAAAGCAUGAAGUCUGUGAUGCAUAUACUGCAAAAAAUGAUGUCUGUGAUGUUUAUACUGCCAUAUUCCAAUAUAAGAAAGAUCAGAAAGAUAGAGGACCAGUUGAGAUCCAUCCAAUGGAUGUCCAGAUGGCAGUGUUCCAUUGUGCAGAUCAUUUCCUGAAGCAGCUCAUAGUGACUAAACUCUCCCAGUGUCAGUAUGCUCUGCCUCUGCUUGUGCCCAAUCCCUUCACCCAGGAGAUCGAAUUUCCACUCUGGACUUUUCAGCAAAUCAAGAAGAGCUGGAAGAAAACUGAAAUCACCAACAAAAGCCAGACUGACAAAACCAAAAUCCUCAGCAAAAAACAGUCAGUCUGUAAAGCAGAAACUCCAAUGGUGGCUUUCUUCAGGUUGGGCUCUGUGUCUUCAUCCAAGUCUCAGCUGAUGAACAGCCUGAUCAACAAGAAGCACAACACAUUCUUCCACAGGAACUGUCCAGGCAGCAGCAGAACCAGACUACUGAUGGAUGGAGUGGUGGAGAUCGCCUGGUACUGCCCCUCUGGGAAACCCACUGAUAAAUUCACUGACUGCGUUGCCUUCUGCAAUCUCCAUGGUGAUGCAGCAGCCCAUCCUUUGCAGAUGAGAAUUCUGAUGGAAAUGGCCACAAUAAAUGUUGUUCUUCUAUCUGAGCUGGAGAAGACUGGCAAUAAUAUGGCCAUAGUGCUGGAGCUCUUUGGAUCUCCGAAACCUCUCAUCUGCAUUUUCACUGAGGAUGAAGAUCCCAUCAGCGAGAUAGGAAAGGGCAAGUACAGAAUAGGUUUAAAGAACAGAAAUCAGUCUGAUGUGUCAGCAGAACUAAGUAGAGUAAUCAGACAGAAUCUGUCAGAACAGUUUCACUCCUUCAAACUUGGUAAUGUGUCACGUUACCAGGAGGUCAAAGUGGACACUGAGAGUGAGGGAUGCAGAAGAGGGAAGGACGCUGCUGUCCACAUAAUGCAGCUGCUGGAAACAGAGGAUCUUUUAACAGUGAAGGAAACAUUUCUGCCCUGCCAGGGGAAACUGUGGCAUGACUGGAGUCAGCUUAGCAAAGAUCUACAUCGUCUCCGAGGAGAGAAGCCAGAGCAGGAUAAAAGCAACAAACUGACACAGAUGAAGGAUAUAAGACACAGGCAGAGAGCAAAGAGGCUGACUGAGCUCAUGAGACUAUUUACUGGGUACUUGAAAACACUGUCAGUCACUGAGAAAAAGUAUUUCCUCAAGUGGGUUGGGAGUCUGAUGGAUGACUUGGCCUCAGACAAAAUGUCUCACCUUCUUCAAGAGUAUGAUAUAAAAUGGAAACAGGUCCUGGAUUUAAAAAAGACUCGUGACAAAUCAGAGAUUGAAACUAAACAAAAUGAACUGGAAAGAAUAUCAAAUAAACUAACUAUUGCAACUUUUGGGCUUGAGCAUUUUCUGAGAGAAAUGGGCCAGGUUUAUGAAGCUUGGAAAUCAACACAGGCAGGCUUCAGCGGAAAGGAAGAAACGAUACCAGACCUUCCUAAAAUGGCUGCUGAACUGAUGAUCUCUGGGCAGCCAAUGGAGCUGAUGGAUGGAGAUGCUGCUCAUGUUCCUCUGAUCUGGGUUACUGCUGUUCUAGAUGAACUCAUCAAGAUACUUGGAGACAAGAGAGUCUUUGUAUUAUCUGUUUUGGGGAUCCAGAGCUCUGGGAAAUCCACCAUGCUGAACGCCAUGUUUGGACUCCAGUUUGCAGUCAGUGCUGGCAGGUGCACCAGAGGAGCUUUCAUGCAGCUGGUCAGAGUUUCAGAGGAGAUGAAGGCAGAGCUGAAGUUUGACUACAUUCUGGUUGUGGACACUGAGGGACUAAGAGCUCUAGAACUGGCUGGGAAGGUAACAGUCCACCAUGAUAAUGAGCUUGCUACAUUUGUAGUUGGUCUUGGAAAUAUGACUUUGAUCAACAUCUUUGGAGAGAACCCCUCUGAGAUGCAGGACAUCCUUCAGAUAGUUGUUCAGGCUUUCCUGAGGAUGAAGAAGGUUAGGAUGCAUACGAGCUGCAUGUUUGUGCAUCAGAAUGUGACAGAUGUCACAGCUGGAGAGAAAAACAUGGAUGGAAGGAGACGUUUGCAGGAGAAACUGGAUGAGAUGACAAAGUUAGCUGCUGAGGAGGAAGUGUGUGAUGCAGAGUGUUUCAGUGACGUUAUUGCUUUUGACAUAGAGACUGAUGUGAAAUACUUUGCACAACUGUGGGAGGGCAGCCCACCCAUGGCCCCACCAAACCCAUCCUACAGUGAGAAUAUUCAAGAGCUGAAGAAAACAAUUCUUUCACAUGCCUCAACAUCCAGUGGUUUCACACUGACAGAAUUAAAAACUCGUAUUGAAGACCUGUGGAACGCUCUGUUGAAUGAGGACUUUGUGUUCAGCUUCAAAAACACUCUGGAGAUUACAGCAUACAGGUCACUAGAGGAGGAGUAUGGGAAAUGGACCUGGACUCUGAGAAGUGAAAUGCUGAAAAUUGAGGACCAACUGCAUACACUAAUUAACAACUACAGACUGCAGGAGGUGUAUAAAGGUCUUCUUGUAGGAAACAUCAGAAGCACCCUGCAGAAUGUGCAAAGAGAAAUGAAUCAGUACUUUGACAAUGACAAAUCUAAAGAUAUAUUGAUUCAGUGGAAGAUGAAAUUUGAACUAAAAAUUAAGGAAUUACAUGAAGACCUUCUGGAAAAGGCAACAACAAAAUUAAGCAAUGUUAUUUCACAAAGGGACGCUCGGAAGAAGUUGGAUGAGAAGAAGGAGGACCAUGAGAAGAAGCUUUUUGAAAAAAGCAAAGAAUUAGCCUUGGAGCUAAAACAGAAAGGAAUCAAUGAGGAAGAGUUGAAGAGACCAUUUGACUCCAUGUGGAAAGGGUGGGUCUCCGAGUUAGGAGAACACACCACUCCCAGCAGAGACAUCGACAUAAGACAAGAUAUGCUCCGCAUCCUCUAUGACAUCUUUGAUUAUGGGUUGGUGCAAGACCGUAAGAAUAGUGGAGGAUACAAAUCAAUAAAUCAAAUUGAUGAUUACACCGAUUAUGUGACAGUGAGCAGAGGUUUGAGAAGAGGUUUGAGAAGUUAUAUUCGAGCUGCAUUAGGUGGAGACAAAGGUUUGACACCUGAUGAUAACAAAUCAAUAAAGGAACUCAUUAAGGAUAUCACCAAGCAGGCUCGUAUGUUGGUGAAGUCAAAACCAGGUAAAGUGACAGGUUACAAUCAAAGCUACAUUCAGGAAAUAGCACAUCUGGUCAUGAAAUGUGUGAAGGAAUACAGACCAAAUGUAGCUAAAUUUGAUUUCAAGAAAGAAUUUAAGGUGGAUCUGUCACUUUAUGUGUGUGAGCAUGCUGUUGCCAAGUUUGUUGAGCUCCACAAAACAGUCAGGGAAGCAAAUGAUCCUCACAUACACCUAGAGAAAAAGAAGCCAGAGUACUACAAAAUCUUCCAGAUGUACUGUAGAGGAGCAACAUCUGCUGCUGUGCUUGGUGACUUAAUUUGUAAUGAAUUAAAGGAGCCCAUCCUGAGAAAGGCUUACAACAAAACUGCAACUGAUAUAGCAGGAGAAAUUAGGGAAAAUAUCCCAGCAUUCAGUGGGAACAGAUCUAACAUGGAGAAACACAUUCUGAAGUUGCUGGCGGAGGAGGAGAACUUUGACAAGUUCAUGACCUACAUUCAGAUUCCUAGAGAAUAUUUUGAAUGUUUCAUUAAAGGGAAGGUUGAGAAGUACAUAAGCAAAUGUACCACAGCAUGCGAGCCCAUCAUUCUCGUCAUGAUCAAGGAUCACAUUGACGAAUUGCAGAAAUUAGUUGUCAAUGCAGCAACAAGGGCUACACAUGAGGUCAAAGCUAAUGAAGGAAAUGCAAAGAUGUGGUUGCAGAAUUUCUCUGACAGCCUCUCAAAUGUACUGGAGAACAGAUGUACGGAUCUAAGUGGUGACAAUGUCAACGACUUUGAUCUUCUAGCAGACGUCAUAAAGAGGGAACUCGCUUGUGUCACAGGGGAGCUGAAGAGUGGCCUCAGCAGUCUGAGUGACCUCAACAUGGAGAUGUUCAGGGAGAGGCCUGAAGAGAUUCUGAUUGAACACUUCUGCCAGUGCUGCUGGAAGCAGUGUCCCUUCUGUAAAGCCACCUGCACCAACACAAUGAAGGAUCAUUCUGGUGAUCACAUGGUUCCUUUCCACCGAGCAAAUGGGAUCAAUGGGUGGCAUUACCGGGUUACCGACACACUCUGUCUUGAUUUCUGCACCACUUUAGUUGUAAGUGACAAACGAUUUCAAAGCCCUUCUGGAAAGUAUACCCCAUAUAAGGUCUACCGAUCAGCAGGAGGAGAUUACGCUGAAUGGAGCAUCACUCCUGACAAUUCUGAGCUGCCUUACUGGAAGUGGUUUGUGUGGCGAUUUAAGACUGAGCUGGAAGAACUCUACAAAAAAAAACUGGACGUUGCAGAUUGGGAAAAGUACAGCAAAGAGGAUGCUGUAGAGAGUCUGGAUAAAUACAUCUGA